GCCAGCCAUGAGCUCCACACAGUUCAACAAGGGGCCCUCGUAUGGGCUCUUGGCCGAGGUCAAGAACCGGCUCCAGUCCAAAUAUGACCCCCAAAAGGAGGCUGAGCUCCGGAGCUGGAUCGAGGGACUCACCGGCCUCUCCGUGGGGCCCGACUUCCAGAAGGGCCUCAAAGACAGCGUCAUCUUGUGGACACUCAUGAACAAGCUCCAGCCGGGCUCCGUCCCCAAGAUGAACCGCUCCAUGCAGAACUGGCACCAGCUGGAAAACCUCUCCAACUUCAUCAAGGCCAUGGUCUGCUACAAUGAACCCAACGACCUGUUCAAGAGCGGGAACAUGACCCAGGUACAGCUGUCACUCCUCGCCCUGGCCGGGAAGGCCAAGACUAAGGGGCUGCAGAGCGGCGUGGACAUUGGUGUCAAAUACUCGGAGAAGCAGGAACGCAAUUUCGAUGAUGCCACCAUGAAGGGCAGCCACUGCGUCAUUGGGCUCCAGAUGGGCACGAACAAGUGUGCCAGCCAGUCGGGCAUGACGGCUUAUGGCACGAGAAGGCAUCUGUACGACCCCAAGAACCACAUCCUGCCGCCCAUGGACCACUCCACCAUCAGCCUCCAGAUGGGCACCAACAAGUGUGCCAGCCAGGUGGGCAUGACGGCCCCCGGGACGCGGCACAUCUACGACACCAAGCUGGGGACCGACAAGUGUGACAACUCCUCCAUGUCCCUGCAGAUGGGUUACACGCAGGGCACCAACCAGAGUGGCCAGGUGUUUGGCCUGGGCCAGCAGAUCUACGACCCCAAGUAUUGCCCACAGGGCCCUGUGGCCGAUGGGGUUGUAGGGGCUGCAGCCGGCGGCCCAGGCCCCGGGGAGGCCCCGGAUUACGCCCCCUACCACCAAGAGGAGGCGGGCCACUGAGGCCCCCUGCUGGCGUCUCCCCACAUCACCCUGUCU